GGCGCGGCGCUGCGGCUGUGCUGGCUUGGCAAGGGCCCCCACCAAACAAACAUAGCGAGGGAAAGGAAAAGGUACGCUUGCAAGCGAGGCAGCGACAGCGAGCGACGGGCGACGGGCGACGACGCGACGGAAGGGGAGGAGACGAAGGAAAGAAGAAGGGGGGAAGACACGGGAGGAGGACGGCGCGCGCCAAUCCGGAGGCGCCACCCGGUUCGUUCGUUCGUUCGUCUCUCCUUCCUGUUCCUCUUCUUGUGGGGGCCGGCAAGAAGAGGGAUAGGAGAGGAGGCGGCGGAGAGAGGUGACCCGUCGCGCGGCGGCGGCGUGGUUGUUGUAGAUAGAUUGGUUCGGUUGCCGGGGGGCGUGAGGAGGAGGGGGCGGAGAGGGGCAUGGCGAGGUUCAUUCUGAGCCUGCUGGAGCUCGGCGUCAGCGCGACGGUGCACCUGCUCUUCGGGUUCUACGUCUUCAGCACGGCCGUCGCGGCGGACAUCUCGCAGGCGGCGGCGGCCUCGGGGUGCCUGCUGCUGCGGCGCCCGGCGGCGUCGAGGGCGGGGCUCGUCAACGUUGCUGCGGCCGGGGAGGAGGAGGAGCGGAGGGGCGCCGCGCCCGUCGUGCUCGACGGCUCGCCGCCGCCCAUCGUCCUCGUCCACGGCAUCUUCGGCUUCGGGAAAGGGAGGCUCGGUGGGCUCUCCUAUUUCGCCGGCGCCGAGAAGAAGGACGACCGCGUGCUUGUGCCUGAUUUGGGAUCGCUCACCAGCAUCCAUGAUAGGGCGCGCGAGCUGUUCUACUACCUCAAAGGAGGGCAGGUGGACUACGGCGAGGAGCACAGCAAAGUUUGCGGGCACGCGCGGUUCGGGAGGACGUAUGACACAGGCCAUUACCCGGUCUGGGACGAGCAGAACCCGGUGCACUUUGUCGGGCACUCGGCCGGCGUGCAGGUUGUGAGGGUGCUGCAUCAGAUGCUUGCCGACAAGGCUUUCCCUGGACAUGAUACUUCAGAAGAGUGGGUUCUUAGCCUUACUUCCUUGUCGGGUGCGCUUAAUGGAACCACGAGAACUUACUAUGAUGGCAUGCUGGCUGAAGAUGGAAGAUCCAUGAAAUCUGUCUGUCUUCUUCAGCUCUGCCGGAUUGGAGUUAUUGUGUAUGAUUGGUUAGACAUUCCUUGGUUGAAGAAUUACUAUAAUUUUGGUUUUGAUCACUUUGAAAUGUCAUGGAGAAAAGUGGGCUUCUCAGGUCUAAUUGACCUGUUGCUGGGGCACAGUGGGCCAUUUGCCUCGGGAGACUGGAUUCUGCCCGACCUUACAAUCCAAGGAUCUCUAAAACUUAACUCUACAUUGAGGACCUUUCCCAAUACAUUCUACUUCAGUUAUGCUACAAAGAAAACAAGAAAGCUUUUUGGAAUUACAGUGCCUUCGAGCGUCCUUGGAAUUCACCCCAUGCUCUUUCUCAGAGUCCUCCAAAUGUGUAUGUGGAGGUUCCCUCAAAAUGCGCCUCUACCUUACAAAGGAUACAGGGAUGAAGACUGGGAAGAUAAUGAUGGGGCUUUGAACACAAUCUCCAUGACCCAUCCUCGCAUUCCUGUAGAGCAUCCAAACCGUUUUGUAGUGGAUGAUUCUGACUGCCACCCUUUGCAACCUGGGAUAUGGUAUUACAAGAUUAUUGAAGCCGAUCACAUUCUUUUCAUUGUAAAUCGCGAAAGAGCCGGAGUGCAGUUUGAUUUACUGUAUGAUGGCAUUUUCCAAAGGUGCAGAAAGCAUGCGUUUAGGAAGAGCCCCCCUACUGUACCAAAUGAAACGAGUCAAUAGCAGACUUCACUCAAAUGGAAAUCUAUCUAGGUAGUAGAAAGGAAGGAAAAAAGGAAUCGCUAUGUUUUUUUUUGCUUCUCUUUCGCCCCCGACCACCAUGUAGAUGUAACGACAUUGUAAAUGUAAAUUACAUUUUUCACGUGAGGAAGAAUUCAUACUUAUAACUCCCUGGUUCUUGGAACUGAAGUUCAAGGUGACGGUUGGUAAAAUCUUUCACACUUAUCUG